AUGAUUAAUCUCGAUAAAUCCACGGUCUCUUUCAGCCCGAACACGAAGCAGAGUGAUAUUGAUGGGGUGCUUGAACAGCUUGGCAUUCGCGAAACACAGGGGCACGCCAUGUACCUCGGCUUGCCCACGGUCAUUCUUAAACAGAAGAAGAUCCAUUUUGAGUAUUUGCGUGAUCGGGUUUUUAAGAAACUACAUGGUUGGGAUAACAAAUUCUUUUCAGCGGGAGGAAAAGAAGUUCUCAUUAAAUCGAUCCUUCAAUCCAUCCCUACCUAUGCCAUGGCGUGUUUUCGAAUACCGAUGGGGAUUUGCUCGGAUAUAGAAAAGGCAUGCUGCGAUUUCUGGUGGGGAGUGAAUGAUAAUGGGAAAAAUAUGUACUGGGCUUCCGGAAACUGA